AUGUUUUCAGGUUCCAUCAUGGAACGAAUAUACAUAUUCUUGGCGUUAUUUUCCUUUGUCUUCUUUCUGGAGGCGAUCGGAGGAAGUUAUAUCAACUCUGCUGUCCAAAAUAUUGAACGGCAGUUUCAAAUGUCUUCUAGAACGUCUGGUUUUAUGAUUUCUGCCAGUGACUUCGGGUACAUCCCCUGUGUGGUCUUCAUUGCUCAUUUCGGAUCAAAAGGAAACAGAGCCCGUUGGAUCGGUGCAGGGGCCAUUCUUGUGUCUAUCACAUAUUUGAUGUUGGCAUCUCCUAAUUUCUUGUUCCCUCAAGGACAUCACGAUAUUAAUACAACAGCUGUUGCGGCCCAAUUGAAACCGACAGCUGGGCAACUAUCGCCAAACUCCACAUUGAGAGAACUUCUCUCAUAUCAACUGAUUCGUGAUCGAAUGCCACAUGAUACGUACAGGUCUCUAAUGAAUUUAGAAGAUGAAACAACACCUAUAGAAAAGUACAACAUAACUGGGAAGAAUCCAAAUCCAACUAAUGGAAUCGCAGCAGUACCUAUCAAUAACGCAUAUACAAUUGACGGAUGGCUUAUUGAUGAAGCAUUGAUAGCUGCUAAUGAUGUUCUAGCUAAUGGAACCAGUCAAAAUACACUGAGAAGCUCAUUGUCAUUGUUCAUCAACCGAAGAGCCAACACAUCAGACAAGGACAUCAAGAAAUUGAGAAUCAGUGCAGCGGCUCCAUUCACGUUCUGUGGAAAGUUGACAAAUUCAUUGAGAGCUAUUAUUAAGAAUUCCAAAUGUGAAGAGCAGUCAUCCAAUGCCUACCCGUUCAUGGUAUUUUUCUUCUCUCUUCUACUUCUUGGAAUUGGUAGAACUGUCCCAUGGAGUCUCGGAGUCCCACUCUUGGAUGACAACAUCAAGAAGAAGAGUCUCCCAGCCUAUUUCGGAGCCAUCUCAUCGAUUCGUGUCUUGGGACCAAUUUGUGGAUAUAUGAUCGGAAGUUUCUGCAACAAGUUUUAUUAUACUUUGCAUCCACCAAAUGGUUUGACACCAGCUGACCCAACUUGGAUUGGAGCUUGGUGGAUGGGUUUUCUGUUUAUUGGAACUAUUGCCCUCUUCCCAUCUACUGCCCUAUUCUUCUUUCCGCAAGGAAAACAAGGAAGCAGUUCAUCAGUUCAACUUCAUGAUGUCCACAAGGAGAAACUGAAAAAAACUGAAGAAGACGAUAGAACAUUGAGGACCAAACUAAAGGAUUUUGGAAGAUCUGUCAAAACAGUACUCAGCACUAAAAUCUACCUUGGAAGUGUGUUGGGACGUGUCUGUGAUAUUCUUGCAUUCAAAGGAUACAUUGUUUUCUUACCGAAAUAUUUGGAAAAUCACUUUGGAAUUCCACAAUACUUGGUUCACCGUUAUAUGGCAAUGUUUGGAGUGUUUGGAUUCGGUUUGGGAGCGGCUACAGGUGGUUACAUCACACAAAAACUGAAAUUGAAUGGAAGACGUGCUGCUAUGUUUGUGAUGCUCAUGUCAACAGUCAAUGUUUGCCUGUACAGUGCUAAAAUCUUCAUUGGCUGUGACUCUAUUGUAAAUUCGAUCGGUUUGAAUAACAGAGAUACCAACUAUAACUUCACCAGAUCAUGUAAUUCUGAGUGCAUGUGUGAGAAUGCUCGUUUGUAUCCAGUUUGUGAUAGUCAAGGGUAUGCGUACUUCUCCCCAUGUCAUGCCGGCUGUCGUGAAGCCAAACAAUACGGAUCGGACCCUAUUCUGGACUUCACUUCUUGUGAAUGCGUCAAAGGAGGUGUUGUCAGCAAGAAAUUCUGUGAGAACACAUGCAAAACGAGCACAGUGGUGUUCUUCCUGACAGUUCUACCAGGAUCAUUUGUGGCAGGAUUAGGCGUCGUCCCAGCUAUGCUGAUUUUGUUGAGAUCGGUCCCGCCUGAGAGUCGCUCGCUAUCACUUGGACUUCAAGGAAUGGCUGUAUCUCUGUUUGGUACUCUUCCAUCCCCUAUUAUUUGGGGACUUGUUAUUGAUGCUGCUUGCCUUGUUUGGGACAAAACUUGUAAUGGAGCUCGUGGAGCAUGCUCAAUCUACCACCCAGAUCGACUCCGUAUCUGGAUGCACUUGUUAUAUGUUGUCAUCCGAAUGAUUGCAUUGAUUACCGAUAUCUAUGUGUGGAAACACGCCAAGCAUCUGAACAUUAUGGAUGAACCAGCUAGUGAAGAGAAAGACAAUAUCCGUCGAAACUCGAUCAAAAUGCAAGCGGUUCAACCAGAUCCAUGA